AUGUUGAGACCGAUUGAAAAGUUUUUGUUGAUCGAAUUUUUGGUUGUAACAACGCGCCACUUAGCUUCAAGCGCGGAAGUAUCCUGGCACAAGGACGAGUUCUUCGUAAAUGCUUACACGGACACGGCGAGGUCCAUGAAAGAUGCCAUCUAUCUGCAGCAAAAUGUAACGGUCAGACGGUUAAAAUGUACACCAGAGGGUAAACCGGAGUUUAACAAGCAGGAUGCAGACGAAUGCGAAUGGAGACAACCGAACGGUAGAUCCCUUAAACUGGAAAGGAUGCAAAUUGAUGACAACACCUGUGAGCUAGUACUGGACAAAAUGUACGUGGAAGAUGGAGGAACUUACACGUGCAUGCACAUUCGAAACGGAGGCAUCAACAGGCCGGUGUACGAGAGAGACAUCGUCAUAUACGAGUCACCAAUCUUGCACGUCACCAACAAGAGGCACUACUCUGUUAAGGAGUGUGACAGUGCAAAGAUCAAUCAGUUCAUCGUUGAAAUGAGAAGCUGGCUAUGCAUUGGAUGCCCGACAAACUGCAUCUUCCACGUAAAGUUUUUGAGCUGCGAAGGGGUGGAAGGAGCAAAUUCAGGAACACAAACUGCUAUAUUCGAGAUUAAUAGAUACUUGGAUCAAAACGUUCAUAAACCUCUCUGCAAUUUAGACUGCGUUAAACAAUAUUUUGAAAAAUUGUUACUAGACAAAGUAUACACCGAAGGAAUGGAAACUUUGAAAGCAAACGAACCAGCCAUAGAAGAAAUUACAGGAUACGUUCCUUUAGUGGAUAGAAAUACUGAAGCUUUAGCAGCUACAUGCUUAGAGGGGUUUUUUGUUUAUAAAGAUUUAGUUUGCAUGCCGUGUGCAGCUGGAUAUUAUAGAACAAAAGAAAUGCCCGUUUUGUCAUGUAGUGAGUGCGGAUAUUUCUACUACCAGUCAAAAAUUGCCUCUUCUUCGUGCGUUAGAUGUCCAUGGUUAGGGUUCUCAAAUGCAAGAAAUAAGAUAACCGUUUUAUCCUGCGUACCGAUGUACAUGACCUGGCAGUUUGUAGCUGUCAUUUCUUUAAUUCCAGUAGUGAUAGUUUUGUUGGUCGCUACCGGUACAAUAACAAGAUGUACGAAUAAAAUAUUAGGAGCAACUAAGAAAUUUGAUAAACCGCCGCCAAUUUCUAAACAAACGCCUGCUAGUAGACCAAUGUAUCACGCUUCUUCCAGAAGACAAGCACCUAGAGCCACUGGAGAUGUUUCGCAAUCACCUGAUAUGCACGCGGCUGUUUCGCCAGCUGUUAUGGCUGGAAUGCCGAAAGAACUCACUCAAUUAAAGCAUCUUUCCGCAAAAGAUAUUGCUUUUCUUAAAAGAGAUAUGGCCCACAUGAGAAAUUUUAGUCUAACUUUUGAUCCACGUUCAACUGGUUUCAAUCGAUCUUAUAGACAAAAAAGACCUAAAUUCAGAAUUGAUGACGAAGAUCUGCCCGAAGCAAUUCAAAAAAGACAGCAUUCAGCUCUAGGUUGGACUAACAAAUUUGAUACAAGUUCCUACAGCCAACCGAUUAGAAAUUACGCCAAGGACUAA